AUGUACAGGAUGUCUUCGAAAUCUGGCCAUUCAUUGGCUAUGCAUAGCCUUGCCCUUCUGCCGUUAUACCUUGGGAUUGCCAACGCUCAGCUAGGGAUCAACCUCGACAUCGCCCUUGGCCUACCGACGGGCUGUCCAUCGGCGGUCACAAUUACCGUACUGCCAGAUGACUACUCUGGAACCCUUGUCGGACAGCCAACAAUCCCAUGUUUACCGACCCUGUUACCAGGCGGCAACCCACUCACGAAUCUGCCGGUCGUCGUGUCGUCCUUGAUUGAUACACUCCCUACCGGCUCACCCUUAUCCAAUCUACCCGACAUUAUAUCCUCAGUCUUGGGCAAUCUGCCUACAGGCGUGCCCGUGACGAAUCUGCCAGACGUCAUCUCUUCAGUCAUUGCUGGCUUACCUACGGACACACCCCUGACGAACUUGCCCGAUGUGGUCUCUUCAAUCCUUGGAGGUCUACCAACAAAUCUUCCUCUGACAAAUUUUCCGGGAGUGCUCAGCUCGAUCCUCGACGAUCUACCACUUCCCACGCCCACACGACCUAACACAGCAGGAGCGCCAAUCACAGCAAUACCUGCACAGAUAACAUCUGCUCUGGGAUGUAUCCCGACCGUCGCAGCGUCUGCAGUACCUGCGCUGCUUUCGUCCGUGCUCGAGUCUUUGCCAACUGACCUUCCACUCGAGGCCGUGCCUGCGGCAUUGAGCUCAGUGCUUGGAUGUCUCCCUACUGGACUGCCUGUGACACAGCUCAUUGAUGAGGUGUCAUCGAUUCUGGAGACGCAGCCUACUUUACUACCUGUUAGCUCGAUUUUCAGCGGUCUUCAAAGCGAUCUGCCUAUUUUGACUGAACUACCGGACGCUUUAAGCUCCAUUCUUGCUGAAGUACCGGGCGUUGUCACUGGACUUCCUGGUGUCGUCUCUUCGAUCCUAUCUGGGCUGCCACCAGCUGUAACCGGACUUCCUGGAGCUGUUGAGUCGAUCUUGUCGAACCUGCCUGGCGUCGUUACUCCACUUCCUGGAGCUGUUGAGUCGAUUGUCAGCGAGAUCCUUGGUGGUGGCAGAAACGGACUUCCUCUGCUCACACCGACCAUCAACAUUCCACUGACCACGGAGCUACCCAAUGCAUUGAGCUCGAUUAUCGCAGGUCUACCGAGCGACGUGCCACUCACGAACUUACCUGGCGUAGUCUCCAGUGUCCUCGGCAACCUCCCCUCCAACCUCCCCAUCAUCUCAGGUCUCGAGUCCGGCAUCUCCUCCGCCCUCAAUGGCCUCACAAACGGUCUCCCAGUCUCCGUCAUCAACAGCGCCCUCUCUUCCCUCCUCGGCGAGAUAAUUCCCACAGCCCUCCCAACUAACAAUGGCAACCCCCUUACAAACCUCAUCUCAGGCCUCACAAAUCUUCUCCCACCGGUUCCAACCCCAACAGGCAACAACCUCAUCUCUACAACCGAUGCCAAUGGCCGCCCCACUCUGAUCUCCAUCACGCCAACCGUAAUCCUCCCCGACGUGACUGUAAGCAACCCAAGCGGCCUAUCUCUACCAACAAACCUGAUCCCAACAACAGGUCUGGGUCCCAUCAUCUCCAACCUAAUCCCUGGCCUAUCAUCACUCCUCGUCGGGCCAGGUGGCGGAUCAGGUCGAAGCGCAACGACACCUGCCGCGAUCCCCACAGCUUCCGUCCGCCCUGUGUUCAGCUGCCCGUCUGCUUCCGGACUUGCCUACGUCGCACCUAAUGGCCGUGCAUACCAAAUCACAUGCAGCACAAACUAUGCUGGUUACGACCUUUCUACGAGCCUUCAGCCGGAUAUGUACAGCUGUGUCAACUCCUGCAGCGGCGUCGCGGGGUGUAUGGAGUGA